AUGGCGCAGGUGCAUCUUAUUGUAUUUGUUCAUGGUUUAUGGGGCAAUAUUUCCCAUAUGGAUUAUUUAUCAAAUGCGAUUGUAGCACGAUCUAAUAAUUCUAAGGAAACGCUAGCUGUAUAUUCAGCUAAGAUGAACCAAGGUUACAGGACAUAUGACGGUAUAGAUAUUUGUGGGUUCAGAGUUGCUAGUGAAAUAGAAGAGCAAAUCUUGAUCAUCAAUUCCUCGAAGCCUGGAACAAUAAUCACGAAGUUUUCAAUAAUCGGAUAUUCUUUAGGGGGGUUGAUAGCUAGAUAUGCGAUAGGUCUUCUCUACAGUAAGCAAGUGUUCAAAAAGUAUGAAAUCCGGUUAUUGAAUUUUACUACGUUCUGUUCGCCUCAUGCUGGGGUGUAUGCACCAGGUAGUAAUAUUGCUGUGAAGUUGUUUAAUGCUAUUUGUCCUGUUACGAUGGGUAGUAGUGGUAAACAGAUGUUCUUGAAAGAUAAGGUUACUGCGGCAGAUGAUAUUUCAUUAAUCUAUCUUAUGAGUUUGGAGGAUUCCAUAUUUUAUAAAGCGUUGGCGUCCUUUAAAUACAGAUCAUUGUAUGCGAAUGUUAUUAAUGAUAAGCGUACAGCAUGGUGGACUUCUGGAAUUUCACUUAAUGAUCCAUUUUUUGACGUAAAUGAAUUUAAUGGUGUAGAUAGAUUCCACUACGUUCCAGGUUAUGAACCUGUUGUGAUUGAUAAUACAAAAGCAAUCAACAUAGCUUCUAUCAGUGAGCUAUUGGACAUCGAACUCCCAACAUCAUUUGAACAAGCGGAACCGGAUCCUCAAGAAUAUUACUUCAUCAAUUACUGGGUUGAUAAAUUAGUUUGCUGGGCGACGGUUUUAGUAAACUUGUUAAUUAUAGCACCUAUCUGGGUUAUAUGGUUUAUACUUUCCGGUCUAGUGCAAACUGCCAAUUCCACUAUCAGGGUUACUAAAUUUGUGAACAACUACUCACACCAACUUGUGAAUGACUAUUUUGAUGCUGACCACGAAAUUACUGGAUGCUCUACUUCACAGUUGAACGAAGCUGAUAGUGAUGAAUAUUACUCUGUUUUAAUUCCUCACAAUGAAUAUGAAUACCAAAUUGAGCGCUCCCUACAAGACAAAACUGAUACUCUUAUUGAAAGUGUUUUUGAGGCUAUAGAAAGGAGGAAUACCUUAACUGGUGCUACCCAGGGAGUCCCGCCUACCAAAGCAACCAGUUUCUCAAUAACAAUUCAGGAUCUCGAAUCGAUGCGUAUUGGCGACAUUGAAACAAAGAAUGAAAAACAACGUGAACUACUACAAAAUUUUCAUUUAGGGAUUGACCAGAGACAGGCAGAAAUCAUCACUGCACUAAAUAAACUCUCCUGGAAAAAGUUUCCGAUCUAUAUCCGUGCCACACCUAACACACAUGCUUGUGCAAUUGCUCGUUAUAAGGAUCCCAAGUUCAAGGAGGGCGAAGUGGUAAUCAAUCACUGGUGCGACGAAGUUUUUCAAUUCGAUUGA